UUUAAGUUUUUUAUACAGUUUUAUUCAGCACGCACACAUCGAAAGUUCAAAUAGACAACAAUAGAUAUUUUGAUGAGUUUUAGUGGAAAUUUGAUUAAACAAUUUACAUAUUAGAUAUAUUAGUUGUCAAAGAAUAGGUUCAGGUUGAGAUGGCGUUGGAGCGGAUUUGCGGCAUAGAUAAGGCGGACUUUAUGCAGCCCUAUAAUGAUCUGAAUGUCGCCUAUGCACAAGUGGAAGUCAACACGGGCAAGACCGUGUUCGAUAGUGCGUAUUCUGUAAUCGCGCCGCCCUUUGAGGAUCCGAAGAAGAGGAUUAAGAGAUCGCUAAAGAAGAGCAACUUGAACCUGGAGAUGUCGCACGGAACGACCACAUUGGGCUUCAAGUACCAGGGCGGCAUCCUUCUCUGCGCCGAUUCGCGCGGCACAAAUGGCGAAUUUAUUGCCUCGCAGGAAAUGAAGAAAAUCAUUGAGGUGGACAAGGGCAUAUUGGGCACCAUUGCCGGCGGCGCCGCCGAUUGCGUCUACUGGGAUCGGGUGCUCACAAUGGAAUGCCGCCUGUUCGAGCUAACCUAUGGACGUGCGAUGACAGUUAAGUCCGCGGCGCGCAUCAUGUGCAACAUUGCGUACAAAUUCAAGGGAUUGGGCCUCUGCAUUGGCAUGAUGCUCGCCGGCUACGAUUUUGAUGGGCCCCAGCUCAUCUACGUGGACUCCGAUGGUCAGCGCGUCGAGGGCAAUUUGUUUGCGAUUGGCAGCGGUGCACAUUGUGCAUUGGGCAUCUUGGACAGCUUCUACAGAUGGGAUAUGUCCGAUGAGGAGGCCUACAAUCUGGCAUUACGCGGCGUUUACCAUGCCACCUAUCUGGAUGCCUAUACGGGCGGACUCGUUCGCCUCUAUCAUAUGAGACCGCACAAGUGGUCGAUUGUCACCGUCAAGGAUUGCAUGGAGCUGGGCGAAAUAUUUGCCAAGGCACAAAAGGAAAAUCCAAUCGGCGGACCAUCUAGUAUACUAAGGAAGGGCUUUAGAGCGGAUCCAGAACCGGAUGAAAAGGAGGUAGAGUCAAUGGAAAUGGAAAGGGAAAAGAUUAAGCAAAGGGAAAUAGAAAAGGCAAAGAAUAAAGAAAAAAUAUUAUUCAGUUAAGUUUAAUACUCAAGUUUAUUGCGGCCUCGGUUUCGAUUUCAUAUCACAAUCAAACGAAUCAAAAUUUUGAAAAUAUUAUAUAAAAAUAUCUUUUUAUACGAAACAUCACAUUAAGUUGUGCUGAAUUGAUUGAGCUUCCUUAUGACUGCCAGCCCUUAACAAGACUCUGUCUAGAAGACUACCCAACUUCUAGAUCUCUGCAAAUAUAUUUUGCUUUGUUUCCCGAA